UUUUGAUCAUGUGACCAUAUCCACGUGAUCGGUCAUAAGCAGCAAGAUGGCGAAUAUGAUGAUGUCGACGAUACAGAUUGUGGUGGCUUUCACGUCCCUGGCAGUAAUCACUGCUGACAAAGUGCCUGUUUUAAUGUGGUCACAAUCCAGGCCUUUAAGUGAUCUACCACAGACAUAUGCUGGCAAUAGUAUCGAUGGUAAAACUUUCCUCGACAAGUAUAUAUCCCCACUCACAAGCAAACAAGGACACAAUGUUGUGGCAUUUGUACAAGACAAGCUCCACAUGGAAGAUUUCUCCAAGUAUGCCGAUGUCUACAACCCAUUCAGUGAUGGAGGUGCAUUCAAGAAUAUCAAGACUCUUAUGGAUGACCACUUCUCUGUGAACCUGCCCGCAGUACACUCUCCUAAAGCUGUCAUUGAUGGUUUGAUGAAGGAGUUCAAGGGCCGAGUGCACAGUGUGUCCAGCCCUGAACAUGUAUCUGGGCUGAAAAUGGAGAAAGACAAGAGUUAUCUUAUCAUGGUUCUCUUGCCAGCCACUGGUCAGGAAAAGAAUGAAGAGAGGGCGAUUUCAAAGAAUGAUGAGAAAGUUGGAGAGAUUGUGAAAGCUCUUAACAAGCGCAGUAUUGAAUACACAGCACUGUUUACAGGCGAGAGAGCAGAACGGGACACCAAGGCAACAUUCAAAGGUCGCCAUCUGUUGGAAAAUCCUGACAACGCAACUAGCAUCUUCGUCAAUGUUUCUGGGGUGAUGUACUUCUACAGUCGCAGUAUCAAGGUGGUGGUUGUGCAGCCGAUGGCAGACAAGGCCAAUGACAUUCGGACAGUCAUUGAAUUCCCCAAAGAGGGAAAUUACAGUCACGGGAUGUCUUCCUGGAGCAACAACACAGCCAUGUUCCAGUUGGAAGCAAAUGCUACCUCCAACACCACAACUGAGUUUACCUUUUAUGUCAUGUUCAAGUUUACUGCUGAGAAGAGAGUAGACAGAUGGGUGGCUGUCAACUUCACCCUCAGUGUCACCAACACCACCAUCAACAAGGAAGUAAUCGUCGACGAACAGUACAUGAGCUUGAAGGACACAGAGAUGGCCAUGCCCCCAAUAUUCUCCUACCACUGUUCCGACCUAACACUGUAUCCCAAGAACAUGACGAAAGAAAGCAAGGAAUAUGCUCUGCUUAAAUUUGAUGGGAUGCAGUUUCAGCCGUUUGGUGUGAGGAACGACCAGUUCUCAGAGGCUUGGGAUUGUGUGGGGUUCUUCACCAUUCCGAUCUGGAUGGGACUUGUCCCUGUUGGAAUUUUCACUGUAAUCCUGUUCGUAGGCAUGUACAUGAUCUCCCAGCUGAGCACGAUGGACAGAUUCGACGACCCCAAGGGCAAGACGAUCACUGUCAAUGUGAAUGAGUAAAGGACACUUAACAGAGCUGUGUGCAAUGGAUGCAGAUAGUUGCUAUUUGAAAACCAAGGCCCACUUGCACAAAGCGAUCUUAGCGCUAAGACUAUCAUAAGCCUAUGUUAAAGUAUGGGAGUUCCGAUCAUCUUAGUGCUAAGAUUGCUUUGUGCAAGUCGACCCAGGCAAUUAUCUUCGAGAAACAACUUAUUAGACUAUGAAGCUACGUAUUAUGUUGAUAUGAACCCUUAUGUUUUCAGCCUGACACUGAGUGUAAGGUCAUUCAUUUGUCGUAGCCACAGUGUUUAAAAAAAAACAGCACCCACAACAGUCAAGAUUUUUUAUGGAAGUUGGGGUUUUUGGUUGUUUUUUCAUUAGUGGUUGGUAUGGGUGAAAACCAUAGGUUUCAUAGUCUAAAUAAAAAAUGAUCUCUACAAAGUAUGGUUGCGAGGGUGAAAUAAAAAUAUAUGAAUGACGGAAACAAGUGACUGAACUGGGCUGUUUUAAUCCCAGGUUUGGUCAUCUGAGCCAGGAUUGUGGGGAAUCCACUGGGUUCACUGAUUUCACUAGUUCAGGUGACUCUAACAUUACACAACGUAAUCAGGCAUUUGACUUCUCAAAAUCAGUCAUUUUCUACACACUUAUAUGCUGAGGGAUAGGCCAGCAGUGUCACUACUCCAUUGUUGCCCAAGGCAACUGUGAGUUACUUCCCUUUUCAUUACAAAAUACUUUGUGUGGUCAUUUUGGCAUUGAAGUGGUUACAUUCUCAGCUAUUAAUGAAAAACAGCCACAUUUGAGACAGCUGAUCCAUAACCAUGUGUAAUGAAAAAAACAAUUUUCACAAAUCAACAACUUAUGACAGGUACCUUUUCUAGCAGUUUGUUGAUGAACCAACAUCUUGACCCUGUUAAAAUACUUGACAUGCAUGUUAUGGCUAUGGAAAAAAACAACAUUCAUGAGAUUAUGCCCCAAUUGCCAGAACAUACAAGAGUGAAAAAAAAUGCUUACUGCCUCACCUACAUCUGAAAACCUUGCGUGUGACGGUUUGUAUCCACUGCACAUAUCUUUGAUGGGCCACUUCAAAGAAAUCCUUUAAUAUGUCUAAUUUCAUUCAUCCAUCUCAAUGCAAAAACACAUAUUUAGAGACUGUGUUACAUUUUUCUAUGUACAUGAUGUACGCUUUGAAAUAUGAAAAUAUUAAUUCUAGAAAAAAGAUGUGACAAUGGCAAAACAAAUUUAUACCUUUUUUGGUCAAAAGAUCAUUUUAGAUUGUGAUCAUUUUGAAAUGACAAGAGUCCCCUAUAGACUUAAACAUUGUCACAGCAGAUAUUUCAACACUAUGGUUAUCUUGAAGGGUUGCUGGGAUACCAUCAAGGAAGUAUCCAGUUUGUUGUGGCUUAGUGCAUCCAGAACCAUGGGUGUCAAUUAACAAUUAUGUUCUCGCAAAUUAACUUAUAACUAACUUUACAUUCCAUGUGUUGACAAUUGCUCUGAAUAAAAGAAGUUUCUCUCCA